GAGGAUUAUUUCUGGAUGAAAGCGACCGGAUGAAGAAAACCAAGCAUGCGCAAAUACGAAUAAGGACGACCGUGCUUCGCAAGCGCAAUUUUGAGUCUUCUUCUCUCCUCGCGUCUGAUUAUCUUCUCUCCCGUGCAUCCAAGCAUCAAUCGAAGAUUCCAUCUUUGUUGGUUGCGACGAUGACGAUAGCUAGUUCCGGCUACGGGCCCGACGGAGUCUACCGUUCCCUCAAACCGACGAUCGCCUUCCCCUCAGACCCCGCCCUCUCCAUGGUCCCCUUCCUCUUCCGUGACGCCGCCGCGUUCCCCGACCGUCUCGCCGUCGCCGAUGCCGAUGCCGAUUCCGGGGCUACCUUAUCCUUUUCCGAGCUCCGAUCUGCAGUCCUCUCCGCCGCCUUCGGAUUAGCCUCCGCCUGCGGCCUCCGCAAGGGCGACGUCGUCCUCAUCUUCGCCCCCAAUUCCCUUCAUUACCCGGUCGCCUUCCUUGCUAUCCUCUCGCUUGGGGCCGUCGUCACCACCGUCAACCCCGCAUACACCGUUCAAGAGCUCUCUAAGCAGGUCAGCGAUUCCUGCGCCAAGCUCGUUGUCACUGUCCCCGAUCUCUGGCCGAAAGCUGCCGCCUUACACCUCCCAGCGGUCAUCAUCGGCCCCAAAGGUUUCGCAUCGUCCCUUGCCCCCGUUUCCCCCUUCACAUACUUCUCCGACCUCGUGUCCUAUCCGAUUCCGUCCGGGUUCUCUCUGCCGUCGGUGUACCAGUCGGACGUCGCGGCUCUUCUGUACUCGUCAGGGACAACUGGAGCGAGCAAGGGCGUCGUCCUGACGCACCGGAACUUCAUAAGCACCGCCCUCAUGGUGACGGCGGAUCAAGAUGCAAGAGGCGAGGGCCCGAACACCUUCCUAUGCUUCUUGCCAAUGUUCCACAUAUUUGGCUUGUCUGUGAUUACCUACGCUCAGUUGCAGAGGGGCGACGCCAUUGUAUCCAUGGCAAGGUUCGAGAUGGAAGCAACAUUGAAGGCACUCGAGAAGUACAGGGUUACACAUUUUUUUUGCGUGCCGCCUGUGAUGAUCGCACUUGCUAAGCAGGGGAAAAUGACAAAAUAUGAUCUCAGCUCGCUUAAAUUUGUAGGUUCUGGUGCCGCACCUUUAGGUAAGGAUGUAAUGGAGGACGUCUCCAAGAACUUACCCAGCGCCAUAAUCAUCCAGGGAUAUGGUAUGACAGAGACUUGUGGAAUUAUAUCAAAAGAGGAUCCUACCAAGGGAGAAGUUCGUAAAUAUGGUUCAACGGGGAAACUUGUGUCACAUUUGGAGGCUAAAGUUGUCAAUGUCGAUACAUUGAAACUUCUUCCGCCUAAUGAAGUCGGGGAGUUGUGCUUUCGUGGGCCAAACAUAAUGAAAGAGUAUCAUAACAACCCACAAGCAACAAAUUUAACUUUAAGGGAGGGGUGGUUACAUAGUGGUGAUCUUGGUUAUUUUGAUGAGAAGGGGCAGCUAUUUGUUGUUGAUAGAAUAAAAGAACUUAUCAAGUACAAGGGCUUUCAGGUUGCACCUGCUGAACUAGAAGGGUUGCUUCUUUCUCAUCCUGAGAUUUUAGAUUCAGUUGUAAUCCCAUUUCCUGAUGCCGAAGCUGGGGAGGUUCCAAUUGCUUAUGUGGUUCGUUCUCCCAACAGUUCAUUGACUGAACUGGAUGUCCAAGAUUUCAUUGCAAAGCAGGUUGCACCUUACAAAAGAUUGAGAAGAGUUACAUUUGUUACUUCUGUGCCUAAAUCUGCUUCAGGAAAAAUUCUAAGGAGAGAGCUAAUUCAGAAAGUUAGAUCCAAUUUGUAGAUGUUGCUUCAGAAAAACUUGCCAAUUGGUUAAAUAGCAAAAAUUUCAGUGUAAACUCUUGUGAUAAUGCCAAUAAGUUCUAUCCUUUUUGUUGGCUGGCCAAA